AUGUUUGUUGCCACCUCAUCCCAACGCUGUUUCUCACAAUCGCCAGCCUCCUCGACCAUCUUUCAGCAUCCCAUCGUCGACAACCUUCCAACUCCCUAUCUUGGAGGAUCCCAGUGCCACGAUGUAAUGUCAACAUUGACACAGAAACUGGCCCCGACUCCACUCGCCCACGUUGGCCUCAUGGCCUCAGGCUUUGCGAGGUGUGUUCAUGUCAAUGCCUCUACGGGAAAGGCAGUUUCUGGCUGGCGACCCGUACAUCACACCGACGCCAGCGAGGCUUUGGUAGGGUUUGACAGUCGCCCCUUGCAAACUUCGUCUGACAACGUCCCCACCACCUUGAGCGUGACUGAGAUGGGGGAUAGGGUUCUUUCUCUGAGUUUCUCAAUGUCUCUCUAUGUUCGCCAAGGCGAUAAUGCGUGCGAGCGGUUCCACAUCACUUCUGGGAAGAAAUCUGCCAAUCAGAAGCUGUCGAAGACUGUCAUGCUGCAAGCUGGUGGCUCUUGUCGCCUUUACCACACCGACGCGCGCAGGUCGAUGCAUGAACGUUCCCUUCCACGAGGGCUGAAUGCCUCAUCCCCACAAGACGUGCAACGCGAAGGCACAAAGGUCCUCAACAAGCCGCGUUUGCCUGACACUGUGGCUUUUGCUCCUCCCUCGUCGCGACUGGAUUCAGGAGACCGUUCGGACCUCUAUCAUCUCCGGGCGACGUACCAGGCUGGCCUGUCUCAUCGCGUACCUCCAUUUGUCAACCAGAAUCAACGCGCCCCUCUCCCAGAAAGCCCUGUCCCGGGUAUCGAAGCCUCGGGGCCAUCGCGAUCGUCUUUUCUCUCGCCUCGAGCCUUCCAUCUGAGCUUCAUCCGAAGCGCAAAAGGGGUGAGAGCACCGUCAGCAGCAGCGUUGAUGAUGUUGAUCAAGGCAAGGACAAGCGGACCGCAAAGCGAAGCGUGUAAGGAUACUGUAGCCCUCGAUCUAGGCUCCGACCGAACCUCAGCGGAGAUAAGCUACCCCAGCAAGGCUCAACAUCCCUUCCCUGACGAAGUCAUAGCAUACCUCAUUGCAUCCAUUUUUUAUCAGCAUCGCUCUCGGGCUCCCGACUAUCUUCUCCCACGACACCAGUCCCGUAUCCGUUGCUGCGAACCUGGUUACUCCCUCACCACAACUCAAUCAGCCCGUUCCUCAUUUGCCCGAACAGCACAUUAG